AUGUCAGACGAGUCAAUCUCAGGGAGUGAUCCGGACCUGGACCCGGACUUGGAGCAGGAGGAUAUGGAAGAGGAGGAGGAGGAAGAUGAGGAGGAGGCGAUGGAGGAGGACAAUGAUGGGGAUGACGAGGAGGACUUACUUGAUGAGAAGUCACUUGAAGCCGUGUUCAGUGGUGACCAUGUUGAACACGCGGAGGAUGGAGAAUGGCAGCGCUCUACUUCAACUACCUCAUCUCAGAGUGAGCGGGCAGAGCGACUCUUGCAGAACCAGCACAAGAGCCUGGCCUCUGAGGACACCAAAAAGAAGAGGGCUCAGAAACCGUCUCACAUGCGGAGGAACAUAAGAAAGCUGUUGCGUGAGGACCAACUGGAAGCCGUGACAAAAGCAGCCCAGCAGGAAGAGUUGGAGAGAAGGAAACGGCUAGAGCAGCAGCGGAAGGAUUAUCCAGCCACUAUCCCAACCGUACCCCUAGAGUUUCUUCCUGAGGACAUCGUUUUCAGAACAGCAGAGGCCACCCAGCUCCCCCCUCAGGUCCUGGCUGAGGAAGUGAUCUGCCUAGAUAGUACCAGCAGUGGCAGUGAAGAUGAUGCUAAAGGAAAAAAUAGCAUUAAAGAUGAAGUAAUUGAGCUGAGUUCAGGAGAGGAUGAUGCCCUCCAAAUUGUGGACAGCAGUGACUCUGGUAAUGAAGGGGAGGAGGAUGGCAGUGAAGAGAGCAGUGGCUCUCAUGUGAAUGAUGCCUUAAAUCAGUCAGAUGCUCUGGGGCAAGUCAUUGUCAACAUCAAUCAUCCACCAAAUGAGGAGGACAUUUUCCUGGCUCCCCAGCUUGCACAUGCAGUAAAACCUCAUCAGAUUGGUGGGAUCCGAUUCCUGUAUGACAACUUGGUCGAGUCCUUGGAGAGAUUUAAAACCAGCAGUGGAUUUGGGUGUAUUUUAGCACAUAGCAUGGGCCUGGGCAAGACCAUACAGGUCAUCUCUUUCUUGGAUGUACUUUUUCGGCACACGGAGGCAAAGACUGUUCUUGCCAUUGUACCUGUGAAUACGCUCCAAAACUGGCUAGCAGAAUUCAACAUGUGGCUCCCAGCACCUGAAAACCUUCCUGCUGAUUAUAACUCCAAAGAGGUCCAGCCCCGCACCUUCAAAGUCCACAUCCUGAAUGAUGAACACAAGACAACAGCUGCACGUGCAAAGGUGGUGAAUGACUGGGUGAUAGAGGGUGGUGUGCUGCUGAUGGGAUAUGAGAUGUACCGUCUCCUCUCACUGAAGAAGUCCUUUGCCACUGGCAGGAAGAAGAAAACAAAGAAACAAGCUGGCCCUGUCAUUAUUGACUUGGAUGAGGAAGACCGGCAGCAAGAGCUUCUGAAAGGGAUUGAGAAAGCUUUGUCUCGCCCUGGCCCAGAUGUGGUUAUUUGUGAUGAGGGACACCGGAUAAAGAACUGCCAUGCCAGUACUUCGCAGGCCCUGAAGAACAUCCGCUCCCGCCGGCGGGUGGUGCUGACUGGCUACCCGCUCCAGAACAACCUCAUUGAGUAUUGGUGCAUGGUAGACUUUGUCCGACCUGACUUUCUAGGGUCACGGCAGGAAUUCAGCAAUAUGUUUGAGCGCCCUAUCCUGAAUGGGCAGUGUAUUGACAGCACCCCUCAAGAUGUCCGUCUCAUGAGGUAUCGCAGUCAUGUCCUGCAUAGCCUACUGGAGGGCUUUGUGCAGCGGCGAGGCCACAAUGUGCUGAAGGUUCAGCUCCCAUCUAAGGAAGAACACGUCAUUUUGGUACGUCUGUCAAAGAUCCAGCGGGCCCUUUAUACGGAGUUCAUGAACCGAUUCCGAGAUGCGGGCAACAGUGGCUGGCUGGGACUGAACCCACUCAAAGCUUUCUGUGUCUGUUGUAAGAUCUGGAACCAUCCAGAUGUGUUGUAUGAAGCUCUGCAAAAGGAGAAUCUGGCAAACGAGCAGGAUUUGGAUGUGGAUGACCUUGGCACAGCAAGUACUAAUUCCCGCUGCCAGCCUCAGGGAAUUAAAGUCAAAACAGAGAGUAAUGCUUUGGCAUCACCAGUUGGAGAAGCUACCAACAGCAAGUUCCUCCAGAGCGUUGGCUUCAACCCUUUUCAGGAGAGAGCAAAUCAGGUCGUUACUUAUGAGUGGGCCAAAGACAUCUUGUGUGAUUACCAGACGGGAGUCUUGGAGAACUCACCCAAGAUGGUGUUACUGUUCCACCUAAUUGAGGAAAGCGUGAAGCUUGGAGACAAGAUCUUGGUCUUCAGCCAGAGCUUGUCCACCUUAUCUGUCAUUGAAGAGUUUUUGGCAAAGAGACCAAUGCCGAGUCCUCCAGGCUCAGAUGGAGGAGUUCACAACUGGGUCCGAAACAUCAACUAUUACAGACUGGAUGGCAGCACCUCUGCCUCAGAAAGGGAACGACUAAUUAACCAAUUCAAUGAUCCCAGCAACACCUCUGUUUGCCUUUUCCUUUUGUCCACACGUGCUGGGUGUUUGGGUGUCAACCUCAUUGGAGCAAACAGAGUGGUGGUGUUUGAUGCUUCUUGGAAUCCGUGCCAUGACGCCCAGGCUGUGUGCCGAGUGUACCGCUAUGGGCAGAAGAAGCCAUGCCACAUUUACAGACUGGUUUCUGAUUACACCCUUGAGAAGAAGAUCUAUGACCGUCAGAUCUCCAAGCAGGGCAUGUCAGAUCGGGUGGUGGAUGAUUUGAACCCAGUGCUGAACUUCACCCGACGGGAGGUGGAGAACCUGCUGCAUUUUGUGGAAGAGGAAUCCGACCCUGCUCAGCUCUCCCUCAAUCCAAGCAAAAUGAAGGAGUCUGUUCUACAAUUAGCCUGUCUCAAGUAUCCUCACCUCAUCACCAAGGAGCCUUUUCAGCAUGAGUCGCUGCUGAUCGACCGGAAGGAGCACAAGCUGACCAAGGCAGAGAAGAAAGCAGCCAAGAAGAGCUAUGAGGAGGAAAAGCGAGCAUCCGUCCCCUACACCCGGCCGUCCUACGCACAGUAUUACCCUGCCAGUGACCAGAGCCUGACGAACAUCCCUGCCUUUAGUCAGAGGAACUGGCGACCAGCCCUCAAGGGUGAGGACAAGCCGGUGGCAAGUGUCCGCCCAGUUCAAUCCACCCCCAUUCCUAUGAUGCCCCGGCAUGUCCCCAUGGGCAGUGCAGGAUCAACCUCAAGUUCCAACCCUGCUGUCAACUUCCCCAUCAACUAUCUACAGCGAGCUGGUGUCCUUGUGCAGAAGAUUGUCACCACCACAGAUAUUGUGAUUCCGGGUACAAACACAUCCACUGAUGUACAGGCAAGAAUCAGUGCUGGCGAGAGCAUCCACAUCAUCCGAGGGACAAAAGGGACGUACAUACGGACCAGUGACGGGCGGAUUUUUGCUAUCCGGACCACUGGGAAGCCAAAGGGCAAUGAAGACCGUCGGACAGCUGCCUCAGGCUCCCAGAGCUCUUCGCUGGAGUCCACAAGCAAUGGCAGACACAGUGCCUCAUCACCACAGCUCCCCAGUGCAGAGGAGCUCACUCGGCCCAUAUCCCCCGACAGCCCUGAGAUCAUCAGCGAGCUGCAGCAGUACGCAGAGGCAGCAGCUGCCCGGGAGUCCCGGCACAGCUCUCCCAGCACCAACACAACGCAAGGCCACACUGCUCGCACAGACAACGCGCCCGGCUUAGCAGCCCGAGGAGCUGAGCAGCGCGUGGGGAUUCACUGCAUGGCUCCCUCUGCGUCUUCAGCCCUGCCGGCCACCAGCCAGCACGUCGAUGCCCACUCGGUGUUGGACUUACGGGGCAACAAGCGCAAGUCGACCUCGCCGUCGGCUCCAGAGGAGCAAGCCCGCAGGCAGCAGAAGAAGCGCCAGUUGCCAUCGUCUGUGCAGCCGUACGAACACGGGUACCCCGUCUCUGGUGGGUUCGCCAUGCCUCCUGUCUCUUUAAACCACAACCUAACCCAUCCAUUUGCCUCCCAACCAGGAAACUCCUUGUACAUGGGCACUGGCUCCUCUUAUUACCAGCUGCCCAAUUUACUCCCAGACCCUCAUCUGGUGUUCCCUGUGACUACUGACCCUCUGCUGACAGCCGGCACCGCCAGCUCUUCUGCUGCUACCUCAGCCACCGCCAGCGUCCCCUCAUUCAUGCUAAACCCUUCUCUGACGGGGGUGCUGCCCAAUUACUCUCUUCCCUUCACGCAGUCACUCCUGCCCGAGCCCAGGAUGUUUGCUCCUUUCCCAGCCCCCGUCUUAACUAGCAGCCUUCCCAGGAGCAUGGCAUCUGCCUACCCUGGCUACAUGUCCCCUCACUCGGGCUACCCGGCCGGGGGCCUCCUUCGGUCCCAGGUGCCUCAGUUUGAACCCCAGGAGGUCCCAGAGGUGGGAUGCAGCUCUAAUGACGAGGACAAAGACGACGAUGUUAUAGAGAUCACAGGGAAAUAAUGGGCCCAGCUCCUGCUCGGUCUCGGCUCCGCCAGGAGGCAAAAGUUGCAGGACCUUUUUUGGGAGUCAGGAUUUCCCCUCUGGGCCACGGCAGCGGGUGGAGAAGGAUGCGAAGGGUGUGGAGUGGGGGCUGUUUUGUUCUUUUUGUUUUGUUUUGUUG